UGUGCCGACAUGAAUCAUUAGACAGCAGCUUUAAGACUCAGCUGACUUUAUUACCGGUAUUAUAGUUUAUUUAACAUUAUUUUUUAUUAAACAGUGAGUUUACUUUGACUAUCAGCCGCGUGUUCUGUUGUGUAUUAUUCUGAAAAUGAGGCGCAAUUAACGCUUAUAGUGAAUAUCCCUUAAACAUUUACUGAAGAGUUCAGGACCGAUAAUGGUGAGAAAAACAACCGGCAACAUUGGGAGGUGCUCAUGGACGCGCAGGUCUCACCACCUGAAGGCUCCGCAGCGGCUUCGGCCCGUCAGAACCGUGGUGACCCGCAGCCAGCGCACCUCCGGCGGCUGCUUCUUCAACGGCCUCCCCGCUGAGGUCUUCCAUAUGAUCCUGGAUGAAAUGUCCGUGGUGGACAUCAGCGUGUUCAGCAUGGUUUCAAAGGAAAUCACCAGCUACAUUGUGGACUACGUCUCCUCCCAGGCCUGGAGGAAUAAAACCAUCAUCCAAAGCUUUCACAACCCCACAUUGUUGGAACAAAGAUCCACCCUGGAGCACUACAGACACCUGGGCUUGCUGUUUAAGAGGUGUACCCUGCUGCUGCCCACAAAGGACAGGUUAAAAUUCACAUUUAGCAAAUUUUCAGAGAUUCCCUGCUUCAUGCUGGAGCGGUGCCUCGCUCCAGACUGCACAGGUUACUCCCGGUACGGCGUCUUCCUCCAGACCCUGAUCGCAGGAUGGGAUGAGCUGGAGUGCCACAGAGUCUUCAACUUUUUGUGUGAUCAAACGGGCCUCUUGCUUAAGACUGAAGCCUUGCUCACCGCAAAACCAGGGCUGAAGAGGAACCAGGAGCUGCAACUUCGUCUGUUUUGCCGUAAAGUUUUGCUGGACCCGUGCCAGAACCAGCCAGAUGGACAGUUCUGGUUAGUUCAGCUGCUGAAACCUUGGCCCAUGGUCAGCCAGGCCCACCUACUGUUCAUCCUUUAUGGACCUCUGCUGCACGAGGGUGUCCUCGGCUGGCAGGAUCUGGUGGAAAGGGGAAUACCUCACAGCGCUCUCUGGGAUCUGGCCAAGGGCCUCCUGAUGCUUUUUGGCACGCUGCAAGUCAAAGGCUGGAGCACGGACUCAGUAAUAUCCAUCCUGGAGGAGCUAAUUGUCAUCCCUCAGCCCUGGUUUGUGGAGAACGUGGCCCGACUGCUGGUGCUGUGCGGCAGCAGCCUCUGCUACACCUUCCUGGCCAGCAAGGCCCUCAACGGACGAAUCAGCGAGAUCUCCAGAAUCAUCAUUCAUAUCAUACUGGUGUGCGAGAAGGAGGGCUAUCACAUGAGCUGGGCGGUGAAGCUGGUUCAGCAGAUCUGCAGCUUGUUCAGCACGGCGCCCGAAAGGUUCGUCUUCAUCCAGCACCUGGAGAACAUGUUCUCAGAAGUCACCAGAGAGUUCUUCGAGUCCUCUGUAGCAGGGAACAACUUUGAAGAUAGAGAGACUUUCCAGACCUUAUGCAUCCUCCUGGACUCCAGCGCUCGCUUCCACACUAAACUGCUCCACAUGUUCCUCAAAUAGGAGAUACGGUCGCAGGGCAAAAUAUGGAAAGUAAUGUCAAUAAUGAAGGGGGUCGUCCAGUCAAAGGGCUUCCAUGUGCCUUUACAGCAGCCAUACGAAGAAAAAUGCCUUCAAACAAACAGCACCAAACCACUUCAUGCUAUUUAAAUGCUUUUGUUGAACAGUUUUGUUAUCUAUACAGCUAUUAAUGUGUCGAAAUUCAACAAUGCAGUUCAUAAGCUCUGUUGGAUGUUUCAUUACAGGAGCAUUUAAUAUAUAUUUCUGAAAGUGAAAAUGACUUUUCCCCUCUAUGUAUUUAUUCAACUAAUUUAUUAAUGUAUUUGUAAUAAAUAUGUGAAUGCAAUAUUUAAUAAAAUAAUAUUUUCUAAUAA